AUGGCUAGUCUCUACCUUGUUCAUGGCAUCCUCAUGCUAACUCUGGUCCUCCUCAAUGUUCAUAUCCUCAAAUCUAAUUGUGAGUCCACCACUAGGGAUUCUGAGAAGGCAGCGCUUCUAAAGCUUGAGCAAGACUGGGGCAAGCCUGCGGCUCUGAACUGGAGUUCCAUCACAAACACCGAUCAUUGUGAUUGGUCAGGCGUCAUUUGCACAGAUGGCUUUGUAACAGGCAGGAUGCAUCCACAGUUUGGGAAUCUGAGCAACAUAAAAUAUUUGUGUAUGAGCAACAUGAAUAUAGUUGGUGAAAUUCCAGAUACCAUGUUUCAGCUGAGUCAACUUAGGCUACUCGACUUGUCUUCUAACAGAUUGAAUGGGAUGAUUCCUAGUGGGGUUUGGAGGUUGAGAAGUCUGGAAAUGCUCUAUCUAGACAACUCCUCUCUGUGUGGUCAUAUAAGUGGACCAAUUGAAGCAAUGAGUUUGACCGAGAUCAAUGUUUCAAACAACCUACUCACAGGAAGGAUACCAGAGGAUUUUGGUAAGCUGAAGAACCUGACCCUCCUUUUGUUGCAUGACAACAAUAUCUCAGGUUUGAUUCCGAAGGGUAUUGCACUUCUUCCCAUGCUCCGUGAUAUGCAACUCUCACGCAACUUUCUAUCUGGUGGACUUCCCAAUGAGCUGGGGAAGCAUUCCAUGCUUUUUAAUAUUGAAAUUUCAUCUAACAAUUUAUCUGGGAAGCUACCUGAGGGCCUUUGCUCAUUUCAGGCCCUUCAGUACAUUGAUUUCUCCAAUAAUAGAUUGUCGGGUGAACUCCCAAAGUCUCUCUUGCGCUGCAGGAAAUUGAGGUCCAUAUUCUUGAACAAUAACCAGCUUAGAGGCAGUUUUCCAAGCAGCAUAUGGUCACUGCCAGAGUUGACUAUGAUUAUGAUCCAGGAAAAUGGUUUCUCUGGCUCACUGCCAAAUUCUCUGGAAAACCUUACCAAUGUCAGCAGACAACUUAAAUAUGCUAAUGGCAGAAAACAACUUAUCUCUGGUGAAGUCCCAACAAACCUCAAUCCUACAUGCACCUUUGCAUGUCCUCGUCCUGGCUGGAAAUAUGUAAUCAGGGUUACUACCUUCAAGGAUCUGAUAAACGAAUUUGAGCAGGGCUUUCUAUUCAAUCCUGGUCUCUGCUCCUACAACUUUGGCAACUAUCCUAUGUGUAGCACACAACCAGGUCCAGAAGAACAAGACAAACAUUUGAAAAGGCCCAUAAUCAUUUUCCUAAUCCUUGGUUCAACAAUUCUCGUAUUCACAGGGAUUUUUUGUUUCAUUAAGAUUAGGGCUAGGAAAAAGCAUGAGGCUCCAUCUCCACAGUGGAAGCUAACAACCUUCCAACCCACUAGUUACAAUGUUGAAGACAUUCUUUGUGUUCUUACAAACAAUAACCUUGUGGGUAGAGGUGGCUUGGGAAAGGUAUACAAGAUAUGCCUCGGUAACAACUGCAAGAUAGCUGUCAAGAAAAUAGGUAAUGGCCUAAAGAAGGAUGGUAUGCUGGAAAAACAGUUUCAAGCUGAAAUUGGGGAUCUAUCAGGCAUGCUAACAUUGUCAAGCUGCUGGGCUUCAUAUCAACCUCCGAGUCAAAGCUCUUGA